AUGAAAACUACCAUUUUCACAUCCGCAGUCGCCGCUGCCCUCGGCUUCGCCUCUGGUACAAUUGCCAACCACUGUAGCUGGGAUUUCUACGAAGGACCCAUCUUCAAGAGGUGGCUCGUUAUUGGCUCCGGUGUAGAUGACAUCCCUGGCACAUGCGGCGGCUUCUGGGACAACAUGAACAACAAGAACUUCCACGGUGCCUGCGUUCUCUCCUCCACCAACUGUGGCGAGGACGGCAAUGGGGAUAUGGUAAUCAACUUCACGGCGGGCUCAGGUUGCAACAGCGGUCACGUCGAGUCGGCAUGGUGGGAGGCUACUAGGAACAAGUUCGGCGCCAUCAAGUGCGGUAUUGCAAAGUAA